UCUACUCUAAUGUUUAGAGCGAAACCACGUACGAGUGUGAUACGAAGACUCGUUCACUAAUAACUCUCAUAGUCAAAAUCACAAAAGGUUGUUUCAUACAAGUCAACACUUUGGAUGAUGAAAGGGGUUUCACUUUCUCAAUUCACCAAUUUUAAUCCUACGAACAUCGAAUUCGAUCGACUCAGGAAGCUUCAGAUCAACACUCUCUAUCCUAAUCCAACACAAUCUCGAUGUUCCCGCCCUCUUUCCAGAAGAUCCCUCCGUGUUCUCUCGCUCUCCGUCGAUCCAUCGGCGAAUCGGAAUGUUAAAUCAGCUAUCGAAGCCCAUGCGCCGCCUCUGGUCGUUGUGGGAUCUGCGAACGCCGACAUCUAUGUGGAGAUCGAGAGAUUGCCCAAGGAAGGGGAAACGAUUUCGGCCAAGACAGGGCAAACGCUCGCCGGAGGAAAAGGCGCGAAUCAGGCGGCGUGUGGAGCGAAGCUUAUGUAUCCGACUUACUUCGUUGGCCGUUUGGGUGAGGACGCGCAUGGUAAGCUUAUUGCCGAGGCGUUGGGCGAUGCUGGGUGUGGUGUUCAUCUGGAUUACGUGCGAUCGGUGAACGAUGAGCCGACGGGGCACGCCGUCGUCAUGCUUCAAUCGGACGGUCAGAAUUCGAUCAUUAUCGUUGGUGGUGCUAAUAUGAAAGCUUGGCCUGAGACAAUGAGUGAUGAUGAUCUUGAGAUCGUGAGGACUGCUGGUAUUGUCCUGCUUCAAAGGGAGAUCCCAGAUUCCAUCAAUAUUCAAGUUGCUAAGGCUGUGAAGAAAGCAGGUGUUCCUGUCAUCCUUGAUGUUGGAGGAAUGGAUACGCCAAUCCCCAAUGAGUUAUUGGAUUCCAUUGACAUCUUGAGUCCGAAUGAAACUGAGCUCAGUCGCUUGACCGGGAUGCCAACUGAAUCUUUUGAACAGAUUAGCCAAGCUGUUGCAAAGUGCCAUAAGUUGGGAGUUAAGCAAGUCCUAGUGAAACUCGGGUCCAAAGGAUCUGCACUAUUCAUAGAAGGGGAAAAACCAAUCCAGCAGUCUAUAAUACCAGCUGCACAAGUGGUCGAUACUACAGGAGCUGGGGAUACUUUCACAGCUGCAUUUGCAGUGGCUAUGGUAGAGGGCAAGUCCCAUGAGGAAUGCUUGAGAUUUGCUGCUGCAGCUGCCUCUCUUUGUGUCCAAGUAAAGGGUGCAAUACCGAGCAUGCCCGACCGAACAUCGGUCUUGAAACUCCUUAAAUCUAGUAUCUAAAAUGUGAUACUCUUUUCAACUCUUUUUUUUAUCAAUAAAAGCACUUCAGAUCACAGAGGGAAGAGGUUGAAGCUGGCGAUGGCGUUACAUUAGCUACACGCCGACAACAAACCAAAUGAUUGUCUAAUGUAGUCUCCGUCUCUUUGACAUCGUAAUAAGUCACAUUACUAAUAACAUUCUGAUCUUAAAUUUGAUCUACGAGCAAAUGUAAGGAUCUAGCGUUUGUAGCAUAUGCGGGAAUCAACCCCUCGUAUUAGGCUACCCAACCGGACACAUACGAAUGACAAAUGUGAAA